CAAAACAGCAUAUUUAGAGCUUGUCAUAAAUUUGAAUGAGUAUAAUGAAGGCUUCUAAGACAACACACCUCUCAUCUGACUGAUAGCUAAUUUGUUUUGUAUUGUCAUUUUAUUGCAACGGAAAGAAAAAAUUAGUUUCACAACACAGGGUUAUAUUUUUCACCAUGGUGUAAAUAUGUUUUUGAUUUUAGUGUAUCCGUAUGUUGCUAAGAGGGUAACUUGAUCGACUAUAAUUUCUCUGGUUUAUUAACACAACUUGUUGAAACAGAACAGGGCUUUUAUUCAGCAUGACGGAUCUUUCUGCACAAAAUAUUUCAUUCACAGACUUUAAGCUGAUUGGUUUCUACAGCUUAGGUGAAUGGAGGCCACUUUUAUUUAUUCCUUUCUUUCUGAUGUUUUUAUUGGCUGUCACAGCAAAUUCUAUUCUCAUGUAUUUAAUCAAAUCUCAAAAGACCCUUCAUUCUCCUAUGUAUGUAUUAAUAGGUGUUAUGGCAGUUUUAGACUUGAUCUUGCCAAUAUUUUUUGUACCUAACAUGCUUCUUAGCUUUUUAUUCAAUUGGAGUGGCAUAUCUCUGACUGGUUGUUUGAUACAAAUGUUUGGCAUUCAUUUUGUUGGAGCAUUUCAAUCAACUUUGCUUUUGUGGAUGGCACUGGAUCGUUACUUUGCAAUAUGCAAACCACUUAAUUAUCAUAAAUACAUGGAAAUUGCUAACUUUUCAAAAUUUGUUUUUGUGCCAUUAAUCAGAAAUGGAUUUUUGAUGGUCACUAUGGUCUCUUUAGCAGGAAAACUGUCAUUUUGUAGAAAUAUAAUUGAUCACUGUUUAUGUGAGCACAUGGCAUUGGUUCAGUUAGCCUGUGGAGAUAUAUCUGUCAAUAACAUUGUAGGACUUCUGUCUGCUUUCAUAAUCCCAACUACUGAUUUUAUUCUCAUUACAAUUUCAUAUAUUGUGAUUUUUACCUCUGUGUUUAGAUCUGGUAAGGCUCAUUUAAAGGCCAUAAAUACCUGCAUUACCCACAUCAUUGUUAUGACACUUAGUUUGACUUCUGCCUUGAUUGCAUUUAUGUCCUACAGAAUAAGGAGUAAUGUUUCUUCUAGCAACCGUACAUUUAUGAGCAUAAUAUACAUUCUGUUUCCAAGUUGUUUUAACCCAAUAAUCUAUGGGUGGAGAACAAAAGAAAUAAGACAAUCUUUUCACAAAUUUAUAAAGAAAAGAAAGGUUUUACCUUUUUAAAGUAUGUGAAUUCUGUUCAGCUGUAUUGUGAGAACUCUUUGAUUGUAUUUAGUUUAAUUGUGUUUUCGCAGUUGUCCUGUUGAUUCAUUUAUGGCUUUAUUCCAAAGCUAAAGCAGAUGACUUGUUGCCUCACUGCGUUUGUGUACAAAGGUACCUUGUGAAACAGACAGGCUUCUGUGGUAACAUAACAGUCUAAUAAUGCUUUGGUUUCCAACCAUGUUGCUGGAACCCUAUGAACACUGCACAAUUUGCAUGUCUCCUUUGUCUGACACACCUAUUUCAGACCUUGGAGUCUCUACUAUCGAGCUGACCUAAAUGAGGAGCUUUGGUGAUAACUAAACAAAUAUGUAAUUACUACAAUGCAUUUCACUAGAAUUGAAAUUUUAAGUUGAAAAAAUGGUCAAAGUCAUAAUAAUAUAAAUACUGAAACUGACUGCUGCCUGCAACUUUCAGACAUCAUUAUAUUCUUCAGCUCUACUGUUACAGAACUGCACACACAGAAUAGUGGGAUAUCAAAGGAUAAAUGUAUGCUACUUUCAAAAAUCGAUUAGAUGAAGGCAUAGACAUGUUGUGAUAUGAUUAUUGGAUUUGAAUAUGCCUUGUCGACCUAUGUACACUGCUCGUGAUUGCAGUAUAUUUCAGCUUUUAGACAGCCUCUGUUUAUAUAAAUUUCUAUAUAAAUUUUAUAUAAAUGCUAAUUGUGCUGAAAUGUUUUCAUUUAGUUUUUCAUUUUAUCUGUCUACUUAGUUUCUGUCAAGUUACAAGUUGCUAAAUCCAAGUGUUCAUUUCUCCACCCUGUCUCCACCCUAGACUGUGAAUGAUUACUCCGUAUAUUCAAUUCAUAUGAUCAUGUUUUUUUUGUUUUUUUUUUCAAACGAUUUUGACAGAUGGUUUACAAUUAAUAAAAGCUUUAUUAAUAAAUCA